AUGCCUGGUGACCCGAUGCCCGCUGUCGUGCCUGAUGACUCGAUGCCCGCUGUCGAGCCAGACGAUCCAAUGCCUGAUGACCCAGUGCCCGCUGUCAUACCUGAUGACUCGGUGCCCGCUGUCGAGCCAGAUGACCUGAUGCCUGGUGACCCGAUGCCCGCUGUCGUGCCUGGUGACCCGAUGCCCGCUGUUGAGCCAGAUGACCUGCCGCUCCGCCUGGGGGCCCGGUGCCUGCCGCCCUGCCUGGUUGCCCGGUGCCCGCCGCUCCGCCUGGGGACCCGGUGCCUGCUGCUC